AUGGGUCGCGAGGACACUCAGAAGCUAAGGGACCUGGAAGGUGAACAUUUCCCUUUAACUAGAUUCUACAGAGAGCCAGACCCUGCUCCCUGCCUGAAGCAGGUCCCUCGGGCCCAUCACCAGGUCAGUGACAACAUCUUCUCCAAGGACACUGAGAUGAAAACAGAAGCACCAACCACGAGUCUUGGACAGACCCUGGAGUGGCUGAGAAAGGAGCUGGCUGAGAUGCAAGUGCAAGACCAGAGACUCCUGCUCACACUGAGGCAUCUUCACAGCGUCCUGGAGGAGCUGCGUACUGAGAGCGCCCACUGGGAGGAUGCCAGGUCCAGCGGAGGGACGUCCCCUAUCAGAGCUCGGGCAGGCUCUGAAACCAGGGGCCGCCCUCCCGUCUCUUCCAAAGGGCUCGCCCGGCUCAUACGAGGGGAAGACAGCAGACGAAGCUCCCUCCCUUAGCUGGCCAGGCCUGACCCCCCGGGGCUUGAACCUCCCACCACUUGUCCAAACUUUGAUUGUGAUAUUGCUGGGACAGAGCCCUGGGAGUCAGGGAGCUGGGGCUCUGGGUUCUUGUCUGCAUUCAUCUGCCGUGUGUCCCUAAACCCAUCACUCAACUUCUCUGCGUCACUGGUUCCUUUUCUGCUGCCCCGCCGGGGUUUUGGUGGGACACAAAUAAGUUAUCAGAUGUGGACAUGCUUUGAAAACACAAACAUGUUACAUGGCCUCUGGCAAAGCUCCGAGACAUCAAUCCUGCCCUCGCGCAUUCCCCCCCAGGUGAUUGUUAAACAAGAGCUCAAUGUGUGUAGUAGAUGUUUCCUGUUGCCAUGGUGAACAACAGACCCCCCACCCCCACCCCCACCCCCUUCACAGU